GGGGGGGGGGGAUGUGAUGGGGGGAUUCUCCCACAAUGCACCGCGGCGCCGUCGCCCCUGGCAACCCGGGGCUGAGCUUCCCACAAUGCACCGCGGCCGCAUCGGCCCCUGCGCGGGCUCGGAGCCCCCCGCUGAGGUUGGGGGGUCCCCGCGCCCCUCCCCCGCCAUGGCGCGCCCCUCCCCCCCCCGCGGCCCGCUCCCGGUCCCGGUCCCGGUUCUGCUCCCGCUCCCAGCUCCCGGUUCUGCUCCCGCUCCCGGUCCCGGUUCUGCUCCCGCUGCUGCUCGGGCUCCUCACCUCGGGCUGCCACGGGCUGAUCCGGGGGGCGCUGCCCUUCGGGCUGGCGCGCCGGGAGCUGGCGUGCGAGGGGUACCCGCUGGAGCUGCGCUGCCCCGGCAGCGACGUCGUCCUGGUGGCCGACGCCAACUACGGCCGGACCGACGACAAAAUCUGUGACGCCGACCCCGGGCAGAUGGCGAACGUGCAGUGCUACCUGCCCCAGGCACAGCCCAUCAUGGCCCAGAGGUGCAAUAACCGCACUCAGUGCGUGGUGGUCGCCGGCUCCGACGCCUUCCCCGACCCCUGCCCGGGCACCUACAAAUACCUGGAGGUGCAGUACGACUGCGUGCCCUACAGGCCCGGCCCAGCCCCCCCGGACCGCGGGGCCCCCCCGAGCCUGUGAGUCUCCCCCUCCCCCACCCUCCGGGGGACCCCCGACCCCCCAAAAACCCCCGGGGCAGCGCGGGGGCUGCGGCACGGCCGGGCCGGCACACCUGGAUGGGCUCACCUGGAUGGGCUCACCUGGGCAACACCUGGAUCCUUGUGCACACCUGGAUGGGC